CACUCAUCCGUUGAUGCUCCACAGCUCAUGGCCUUGAGUCUUGCUAAUGAUUUCAGAACCUACAAUACUUGGAACAGUAGGCCAAGUCAUGUUCCAUUUAUGACCCUCCAACAACCAAGAAUCGAACUUUCACAAUUGACAACACAAACACAAACUGAAAACAAGAAUAAUAGUCCACACACACACACAGGAAACAAAAAAAUGUCGAAACCCAGCCUCUUUCCCGUGACCUUUCUUUACCUAGUACUGUUUUUCCUCCACACCCAACUCUCAUUCUGCAACAGGGUCUCGGUUCUAGGCCUGGAUUCACUGAAAAACAGUGAAAUGGAUGUAAUGGUGAAAAGGGGUUGCUCCCAAACGAUCGGUGAGUGCUUAACUGAGACAGAAAUGGAUUCAGAGACCAAUCGGAGGGUUCUGGCGAUGCAGAAGAAGUUUAUAAGCUAUGAGACACUGAGGAGGGACAUGACUCCAUGCGCAAAUCCAGGGGCUCCGUACUACAAUUGCCAUUCUGGAGUGGCAAAUCCUUACAAUAGAGGUUGUGAAGUCAUUACUCGAUGUGCAAGAGGUAUCAUCAAAACUUGAUGAUAGUAUGGAGAAAUUCAAGCACUUCCCUUCUUUUUUUUCCUUUUUUUUGUGUUUUGUUGUUGGGGUAUUAACAAUGAUUGUACAUUUUAGACCUUUCUUUUCAUUCGCUAUAUAAAUGUAUGCAAAGCUUUAUUUUAGGGGGAGAUCUAGUGGGAUCUUUCCAGAAAUAAGAAUAUAGGCGUAAUGCUUGUUAGCCGAA